AACAAUCUCGGCCCAAUCGCGCAGCAGAUGUAUUUCAGUUCUUUGAAAGUGUGGUCAUCAGUGCUCAAAAUAUCUUUUCAGACACACUCGAGUUUUAAUAUUUUAAUCCGAUUAGGAUAGUACACUCUAAGUUGUGUUAGCAUGAAAUUAGCGAUUGAAUGAUUUUACUCCUUAUAAAAGUGAAUACAGUGUUACUGAACAAGUUUGUGAGAAGCAACUAUUGUAAAGUGAAGUUUCCAAAGUUAUUAUUAACUUUUAACAAGGCAAAAGGCCUUGACAAUUUACCAUCUGAACUUAAUUCUUUGAAAUGAAUAAUACCUCAAAUCUUGGACAUCUACAUUAAUUUACAGUAAGCCUGUUGCUGCUCCCACUAUGGAGCUGUCAGCCAACACUUCCGGUAUCAAUAUUAGCGAUGUCAUUGAGGUGAUAGAAACAGAUCGCAAUAAGAUGGAUAUUGGCAGGAGAGAAGGACCUUAUAUAAAGAUUGUGGAGCAGCCAGCAUCCAAGGCUCUGAGGUUCCGGUACGAGUGUGAGGGCCGCUCGGCCGGUAGUAUCCCAGGCGUCAACAGUACACCAGAGAACAAAACAUACCCAACUAUACAGAUUGUCGGCUACAAGGGUCGGGCUGUGGUUGUCGUGUCCUGUGUUACCAAGGAACAACCCCACAGGCCACACCCCCACAACCUGGUCGGUAGGGACGGCUGUAAGAAGGGUGUAUGUACUGUUGAGGUCCACUGUGAAAGUAUGACCCAGAGCUUUGACCACCUCGGUAUUCAAUGUGUAAAGAAGAAAGAUAUUGAGGAGGCGUUGAAAGCACGAGAAGAAAUCAGGGUAGACCCUUUCAGAACGGGGUUCAGCCACAGGUCUCAGCCUGGCUCAAUAGACCUCAAUGCUGUCAGGCUGUGUUUCCAGGCUUUCCUUGAAGAGGAACCUGGGAAAUUCAAGCGUGCUCUCAUGCCUGUCAUUUCAGACAUUAUCUACGACAAGAAAGCCCUGUGUGACUUGGCCAUUUGCAAGCUGAGUCAUUGCUCCGCUCCAGUUGCUGGGGGCAUGGAGAUGAUCUUGCUCUGUGAGAAAGUUGCCAAAGAGGAUAUUUCGGUGCGGCUGUAUGAAGAGAGGAAUGGUCAAGUAUUGUGGGAAGGAAUGGGUGACUUCACUCCCACACAGGUCCAUAAGCAGGUGGCCAUCACAUUCAAGACUCCUCGGUACAGAACUCUUCAGGUAGAAGAUCCUGUCCAAGUGUUUAUCCAGUUGCGGAGGCCGUCGGACGGAGAGACAAGUGAUUCGCUACCGUUCCAGCUGACUCCAUUAGACUCAGGUAGGCCAGCCUUCUGGUCUCUGCGGCGCUACAAGGCCGACUAUCGUACCUUCUCCAAUAUCCUGUCAGCCGACGUCAGACUAUUGACGAAGGUUGACAACCCUCCCGACCCUGCUCCUUCUUUGACCCUGCAGGAUACCAACAACAACACACCUGAGGCCGUCAGUGACAGCUACAGCUUCUUGGAUAAAUCUAAAAAGAGUGGCGAGGUUGUAUUACAAACUGUAGAAACACAUCAAAAUCCAGCUCAGUUUUUGCCAGAGGCACAGGUGGAUCCUCUAAUUGAAAAUUACCCUGUAGAAUUGAAUCCUGAACAGGAUAAAAAGUUUGAUGAUGUGAUAGAUUUAGUCGAUGAACCAGUGGAGGAAGGUUUUGAUGAUUUAAUUGACCAAGUAAAUGAUUUUGACGAUAUGAUGAACACUGAUGAUUUGGACACUGAUAUCUCCCCGCCUAACGAUGGAAUUUACACUAGUUUUCAAAUGGCAAUGAGAAAUCCAUUUGAGUUCACUGAAUAUAAUACUUCGGGGUAUGAAGAUGUCGUUCCACCACGACCUUCUGCUGCUAAGCCAAUUAUUAAACCCGAACUACCUGUUUCUCAGAAUGAUUCUCUUACAGAUGAUGUUUUACCACCCCUUCCUCCCAAGAGGGUCAGAAAGUCUCCUCCUAGUAAAAACCUACCUCCGGUGCCUGAAGGCAAGAAAUUGAACAUAUUUCAGAAACUGUUCUCUUCUAAACGGAAAGAUAAAUCUCGUAAGAACAGUAUCAGCUCAACAGGGAGCAGAAAGUCGUUGGUAGAAGAGAAGUCGGUGGUGGAACCUGAGGCUGAUGAUGUAACUUUGACCGAAGCCGAACAUUACGCUUUAUACACUGCAUUUGCACCACAUGCCACUGCCUCAGAAUUUGAUGAAACUUCAUUCUACUAUAGUCCGGUUGAAGGUCAAACCCAAAUUGUCAAGUGAACUGGCUAUUUUAUACUUGUGUAAAGAGCAGUUGUCAUUGAAUUAUCCACUACACUGAAAUUCAAGGCUAAAUGUUUUAAAUUUAGAUAAACAUUCAGUGUAAAAAUAAGCAAUGUUUUCUAAAAAAAGUAUGUCUUUUCCCCUAAUCUUUAGUAUUUUAAGUUGACUCUUCCCUGAUUUUUAGAUGGUAAAAUAGUAUUGUCUCUUUUGUAAGUCAUAGGUUGUUUUGUUGAAGUAUUUUUUUGUAGAUAUGAGAUAUUAGUUGGUAACGAAUGUUGAAAAACCAGUGCUGAAAUAUUCGGUUACACAUUAAUAUUCCUUUAAACAAAAUGUUACUUGAGUAAUAAUAGAGUAAAUCAAACCAACUUCAUAAAAUUACCCAAUAUAUUGAUCUUAACCUACACAAAUGUCUGAGUAUAUAUAGUGGUGGUGAGUGAAUCCAGAAUUUUCCAAUCUUAAAAAACUGAUUCUCAAAUUUUAAAUUUUAGCCUGACUAUGAUUUAAGCAAAGUCAUCACUAUUCUGAAACUUUUGGAGAUUGUCCGAUAAUAUAUAAAAAUAUCUAAGAAUACCGCUAUAUUUAAAGGGUUUUGCAGAGGUUCAGAAAUAGCUAUAUAUUAAGAACCAAGUCAUCUAUGCCUUACCUUCAACUUUAAUUUCAUAAUUUAUAAUAUGGGCUUCCAGAAUAUAUGCCUUUAAUCUAUAAACAGGGGAUUUGUAUCAGUUAUAAAUAGUCCUUUAACAUUUUGGGCGGUGUGGUCACAUCGCUGCCGACUAUAGCUGUUGCUGCUAUGAUGUGGCUAUUGUCACUACUGGUUUUGGUUUGAUUUACAUUUUAUUUGAAAAAAAUAAAAAAGUACAUUUGUAUAAUAUGGCAACAUAUAAAAAUGUUUGUUUAUUGCAACAGAUGUAGAGAAGGAUCAGAUGUUUUUCAUAUACGUAAAACUGGGAUCAGUGUUUUGGUGCGAGGUGUAGAGAAAGGGGAUUAAAAGGUCAACAGCCACCAUUGGACUAUUUUGGUGUGCACUGCUCUAGUUAGUACACACCUUACAUUAUAAAUCCAUUUCAAGGUGUAAAACACAGGAUCAAGUGUUUGAUUAUAUUCAGUUUUUAUUCUGAGGUGAUUUUGAUUAAAUGUAUUAACUUGUGUUGUUAAUGCCAGAAAGUAAACCAAGAGACACUGCUUCUUGCUAGAGUAUGAUGGACUAUAUUAAUAGUGUGUUAGUUCAUGUAUACUGUAUUAGGUUAGUGUAGUACCGUUUAAUGUAUGAUACAGUUAACGCAACAGAAUUAACCCUUUGGAGGACCAAUGUACAAUAUAGUUUUCAACCAUAUACUAUUGGAAAAGACCACUGGACAACGAUAGUGCUCAUUUUUGUUUCUUGUUGAAAACAAGUAGAUUUGUACAAACACUUGGUAAAAUUUGAUGGAAUGUAUUUGCAUUUUAUCUGAUCUUGAUAUUAUUCUUGAUCCUGAUUUAAAUAUUAGGGGACAUAAUAGUUAUUGAAUUUGCCGCUAGAUUGUAGGGCAAGUCAAUUUUACUGCCUUCUGCCGUCUGCUAAUGUGCAAACAAAACAUCUGGGGAUUACUGACCAAUAACACCUGUUCCUUUGUUUUGUUACUUUAAAAAUAUAUCUUCCCACAUUAAAAAUAUUGUUAGUUAUCAUGUUAUAAAGAAGCAAAUUUAGAAACAGAAAAAAUGAUACUUCAAGCAUUUGUUUUGUAUAUUCAAUUCUUAAUGGAAAAAAACAUUCAUCCAGGUGUUAUACUUAAAUGUCAAUAGACAAUUUACUUAGAAACAUUUUAGUAAAAGCAUUAUCAAGGUAUACCUUUCAUAACUCAUGUUAUAAACUAUUUUGUAGAUCUGCAAAUUGUUCAUUUUGGGCAUGAUCUUUUUUGCUUAUAUUCAGUAAAACUUAAUAAUGUAAAAAUUCAAGUGACAUUAAACAAUAGACAUUUUUAUGGUCCUCAAAUGGUUAAUUGUCAAAAAUAUCAGUUGUUAUAGGAUAAUUUAAAAGCUAUAAAUAUACAGAUGAAAUAUUACUUAUGUAUUAUGUAUAGUGCAUACAUACAGUGUCAUACCACUGUACAUUUUUGUAUUGGUACCUUCAUCAGAGGUGAAAUUCUAUUAGUUACCAAUUUCAAAGCAUCCUAAAACCUACAAUAAGUAAGUAGUUACUGUAUGUUUUAAUUCAGGUCAAUGUUAUUGGAUGUUCAAAAAGAGUAUAUAAUUUGUUUUCAUUUUAAUGGUUAUUUACCUUAAUUUGAGGGUACUAGAAAAAUCACAGUAUAAAAAGGAAUUAGGAAGGAUUUGUUGAUUGAAGAAGUUUGUUUUGUUUAUUCAAACAUAAUUUAUUCUUGUUAAGAGUAACUGCUGUUAGUUAUAUUUACAUUUUGAAUAAAAUUAUUAUUUUCUUUCAAUUUGAACAGUUCUUAGUGGAAAGUUGCUUGGAAUUAACAUUGUUAAGUUUGAUACAUUUUAGUUAAAGGAGUCAUUUACAGUUGUUGUGUGUUAAAUAAGUAUUGCUGUGAUACAUGCUUCCUAUGUAAGUAUAUUUCGGUUGGUCUAGUGUGUGUAUUUUGAUUUUUUAACUAACAAACAUUGUAAUUUAUGUGUGUUUUUUUAUAAAGUUUUGCACAAAAUAGUAGCUUUUCCAAGUGCCAUAAAACAGGGAACAAGCUUAUCUGAAGAAAUAAUUAUGUAACUGCUUAAUUUUUGUUCAAAUGUAGCUGUUGAUAGUUGUUAGUUUUUUAUAUAUAAAAACGCAUGGAAGCCAAAUUUAAUUUGAUUAGCAUGGAGAAUGAUGAUUUAGUUUAAUACACACUUUUUUGGGUUUUUAGCUUUCAUUUAUUUGUUGUUAUAUUAUUAUAUUGUUAUUUUUGCUUCUUAUUUAUUUUGUUGUUAUUCUUUUUAAUAUUUUGUUGUAUUUUAUUUAUUUUUGAAAACCUGCAGUUUAACUAGCUAAAGAAAAUCAAGGACAAGUAUUAAGAAAAGAGACUUAAGUUUUGUUCAGAUGAUUAUUUGUUGAUUGUAUUAAAACCUAUUACUCUUAUAAAAGUUGAGUCUUUUUUAUAUUUUUCUUAAUAUUUUAAUAAUAAAAAUAAUUCAUAGCUAUGUAAACAAACAGUUUAUUUUCUUUGUAUUUGUUGAAAAAACUUCUCCACUGUAUUUUCCCUGUUUAAACUUAAACUUUUGUGCGGUUAAGGAAAAUAAAGUUUUUUAUUUAAUUCUUUUGCAUCAAUAUAAAACUCUUUACUGCUUUACAUAAAAUUCAAAUAUACAAUACUCUAGUUUUGUUCUGUUAAAAUCAUUCCCAAUCCAUUCAAAGAUAUUCGUUUUACAGUCAUUUUACUAGUCGUGUAAACUUUUCAAAUUCAGAUUAUAUAAAUUUUGUUAGGCCUAAUGUUCCUAUAUGUUAGUAGGCCCUGUUAGACUGCAGGUUAUGUAGCCUAGCCAGUUUUGUUGCACUAACUGCAUGCUGGAUAUGUUGUGUAGGUGCUGCGUCAGGAGAAUUGGCCCGCAAGAAGGCCAAGCACAGUUAUGACGUGAAGCAGGAUACUAUGCGUGAGUACUACAUCCUGCCACAUAGUUGGUGUCCUUGGGAGCGCUUGGUUGUGGGAACAGGUUGCAAUAGUGCUU